CAUCCAGUCACUCCAGCCUUUAUACAUUACAUUUUUGACUAACUAUAUUGGAAACAUUUUUUAUUUUGCACAGCCUAUCUAUUUACACAGUUUUCAUUUUUAUACUGAACUGUUCCUUUAAGUCCUCAAGCUUCAGAGAAACCGGUUGCAAAACCUUAUUUGAGGGACAGCAGCAUGAAUAGUAAGCAGAUAGUAAAAUAAAGGUAAAAUGUUAAUUCCCAGGAUUAUUGCUCCCAAUUUGUCCCACCCCUACCCCUGCCAAAAAGGACAUUUCAGCUUAUCAGCUCAUAUUAGCAGUUGUUAUGAGACUUUGAUGCGUGUUUUGAGUUUUAUUGUUCCAUGUUAGUUAUAUAAAUUAAUUUGCAAUCUGGUGUACCUUUGAUUUCUUCAGCAUUGCGUUUGUAUAUCAUUGUACUGAAAAUGAUUUUGUUUUAUUUAAUAGUGUGAUGCUCCUGAUAAAGCAGCACUGGUAUGUGAAGCCUGCCACUUCCAUCAUGUAUUUAAAGAGUAAAGCAGAGCUCACUACAGUCCACUAUAGCUCUCUCUUCAAUUGUAUCUCAUGUAUAUUCAUAUUUAUGAACAGGGGAAAUUGAGCGUUCUACUUUGAUAAAAAAAAAAUCUCAUACAAAUAACUGGACAACCCAGAGUAUUUACAUCAAAUCAAAUAGUAAAGUAAGGAACCAGUUAACUGCCUUUAGAAAGGGGUUUCCCCUCUAUGAGGCAGUUACGCUUUCAGUUUGCAGUGAGGUUUCAUUUAGACAAAAAAGUUCAACAUACUUGACUGCCAAACAUAACCGGCUUUUUUGUAUUUCUAUGGAGAAUGUCGAAGGCAAGCAUUGUAGCUCACAACUUCUAGCUGGACAGUCCUUUGCUAGACGGUUAAAAAAAAAUAAGGAUGAAAUCCAUUUGGUGCUGUUGGGAAGUGGCUUUAAAAUUCCAAUACUGGACUGUCUAACUUUCCCCUCUAGUCCAGAAGGAGGUGCUGCAGGUUUCAGGGGGAAGGCACCAUAUGGUUUGGUACCCAGAAGGUUAGGGCUGCUUCCCUGUGUUAUGAUGUCAAUGAACUGGACAGAGUUCCUAUUAAAGAGCUAUUAUAGCAUUGUUUUGUUUUUAUAUUUGUAUUUGACUAUUAUAAAUGUUACAACACCAUUGUAUAAUGUAUCACCCGCUCAAUGGUUUUUCCUAGGUUGGCAUGGUUACACUGCAGUUAUUUAUCACAUAGAAGACCUCAUUCUUUGAUGCUAAGGGUUCUGUAGUUGCAUGAACACUGCAGGAGAUGGAGAAAGAUCUCUUUGUCCCUCCCAGUGAAUGAGUUGAUUGGUGAUGGCAGUUGUUUGGGGGUGGAACAGGUGUCUGACGCCCCACAGCAUUUGUUCGUUCAGCUGUUGAUGUUUUGCUACAGACCCUCAUACACAACUCCAGAGCCCACUGAUACUACAAACUAAGUUACAUGUAAAGAUGUGCCUUUAAUACUAAGGGAAUUCAUAACCGCUCAGCUAAAUGAGGUCGCCCAAAUUCCCAGUGAAUUACAACUGUAGUUAAUAGACUUAGCGUUGUCUUCCUUAAUGGCUAAGCACUUGUGCUACUGUGACAGGGCUCAGAGGGCCUGAUAAAUCCGUCUAUAAAUAACUAGACAUGGCAGCUGCUCUCUGACCCCAGCACCCUGCCUUAUAUGUACAGGAGCUUCACUACCCUCCUACCUACAACUGCUUGCACACUCUCCUCACUUGCACAGUUGCUUGCACACUCCCUUGGCACAGGAGCUGAGCAUUCCCUCCAACCGAGCAGAGAAUCCCAUGAGGAAGUGUAUGGAUUUUGUGGAAUGAGCAGAAUUCAAACAUGCACAUCACUCAGAUGAACCGCGAGUGUCUCCUGCAUCUCUUCUCCUUCCUGGACAAGGACAGCCGCAGAUGUUUGGCACAGACCUGCCACAGCUUUAUGGACAUUUACCAGGAGCCAUCUUUGUGGUCAGUUCUCAAUUUCACCUGCCCAGCAGAACUUAACAAGAAGAAUUUUAUCCUGGGGGCAGCUCUGAGAUCCUUGUCUAUUUGCUGGUAUUCCAGUCGUGUGAAAAUUUGUAACAUUGAGGACUGGUGCAAAACUGCCCUCCAGAAAUCCAUGUGCAGCCAGCAUCAGAACAUAGUCAGCGACUUCCUCCUGACAGUCAGUGAAAGGUGCCCAAAUCUGCAAUCACUGACACUGUCUGGCUGUGCCCACGUGCAGGACGAUAUUCUUAUUGAGAUCCUUACGUGCUGUUCCAACCUUCACAUUCUAAAGUUAGAGAACUGCUCUGGGGUGACAGACAAGAUGCUGGCUAUGAUCCCUGUACUUGCUUGUCACUUGGAGACUCUCCAUGUCAAUUUCUGCCGGAAUAUAACCCACAAGGGCCUUUAUUUUCUGCAGCAGUUUUGCCCAGGGCUGGCUCUACAGGCAGACAGAAGCGCAGGUAUGGUCGCUGACAGAAUCCCAGAGGAGAAGAUUUUGUUUCAAACGACAGUCAGGAAGCUGAUACUAAGAUGAGACAAGUCAGUGUAACUUGGGAAGUGAUUGGCAAGCAAUGAAUAAUGGAGGACUGGGAGUUCGUUUAGACUGAUAGAGGUGUGAGAAACAGUCGGACUUUUUGCAGGAGAUGUAGGAAAGGCAAGAGAGACAGUUAAUGAAUUACAUGAUGCUAGGAAUGGCGCCAGUGUAGUUUACAGCUAUGCUGAUUCUUCUAUGGCGUGAGAAUGAAGACACUGACUAAAGAUAUUUCUAUACAACACGGCCUAAUGCAGAUUGCACUUGACUCAAAGUACAGUCCACUUCAUAGCUCAGACACCUGCAGCUAUUUGCUAUUUUACAAGUGGAUAGGAAUGGCUGCUAUGUGCCGGCUCCUGACAAGUGCAUAUCUGUCAGUCUUGCAUUUUUCCAGCAAUACAAACUGGUCACUAGACCUGAUCAGAUCCACAGGACUCUACUGCCAUUACCAUUCACUAAUGACUCUGCUCCUAGAAAUACACAAAAAAAGUACCACCACAUAUUCCACUUUUUUGGUAAGUGCUUGUAAUGUACAUGCCGAAGGAAGGGAAGAGCACUGGUUUUGCAUUGCAGUAUAUUUUGCUUGAGGGGAUGCUGCAUUUCUAGUUAUGAAUGUAUUGUGUCUGCACAGACUUCCUACAGUUUGUUUAUGUCCUACUGGGACACAAUGUUGCACAAUGCCUCAUGGCUAAUUUGAGCAAAGGUUGGAUCCAGUGGUCUAACAGCCUGUCCUGGUAUUGGAUCCUCUCUGUAUCUUUAGCAACUUCCAUACUGCAGCCUUCCAGCUCUGCUUAUUUUAUCUGUUUGAUAUUUGUCCACAUUUUGUAUUUUUUUCUACUUCUAAUAAACGUUUUAAAGCCA